UUUUGGACCGGCUUCCUCUCUAACAGUCCUGCUAACACCUCGUUCUUCGUUCGUAUGAGCCUUUCAACUUCUCGCUUUGCGGAAGGGCAAAAUUCUGCUGGUUCUCGUUUCCUGUCGAAAUGGGGAAACCUGGUGGCGUCUUCUUCUUCUUCCUUUCGUUUUUUCUCCUUCCUUUCUCGACAUCCUUUUACCUACCUGGCGUUGCUCCCAGCGAUUUCCAGAGGGGGGCUGAGCUACAGGUAAAAGUGAAUAAACUUUCGUCUACAAAAACACAGCUUCCAUAUGAUCACUAUUUCCUGGAGUACUGCAAGCCAGAAACAAUUGUGAACAGUGCUGAAAAUUUGGGAGAGGUCCUUCGCGGCGAUCGAAUUGAGAAUUCUGUCUAUUCGUUUAAAAUGAGGAUUGACGAGUCUUGCAAAGUAGCCUGCCGACAAAAGGUUACCGCCGAAGGUGUCAAGAACUUCAAAGAGAAGAUUGAUGAUGAGUAUCGAGUUAACAUGAUAUUGGAUAAUCUUCCUGUUGCAUUUCCUAGACAAAGAAGAGAUGCAAGUCAAAUAUCUAGUUAUGAACAUGGUUUUCGUGUUGGUUAUAAAGACCACCAAGUUUCUGGGUCCAAAGAUGAAAAAUUCUAUAUCAACAACCACUUGAGCUUCACUGUCAAGUAUCAUAAAGACCCGGAUACAGAGGAUGCUCGAAUUGUUGGCUUUGAGGUUAUCCCCAGCAGUGUGCAUCAUCAAUACAAGGACUGGGAUGAUAAGAAUCCUAGAUUGUUGACAUGCAAUCCAAAUACCAAAAUUGCUCCUGGCACUCUUACUCCUCAGGAAGUAACUACUGAUGCAUAUAUUGUCUUCACUUAUGAUGUUAUUUUCCAGCCCAGCGGACUCAAAUGGGCAUCUCGUUGGGACACUUACCUUCUGAUGAAUGAUGAUCAAAUCCAUUGGUUUUCCAUCAUAAAUUCCUUGAUGAUAGUCCUUUUCCUUUCUGGAAUGGUUGCUAUGAUCAUGAUGAGAACUCUCUAUAGAGAUAUAGCUAACUACAAUCAGUUGGAGACUCAGGAUGAAGCCCAAGAAGAAACUGGCUGGAAACUAGUCCACGGUGAUGUUUUCCGUCCUCCUGUUAACUCCGGUCUUCUCUGUGUUUACGUCGGAACGGGUGUUCAGUUCUUAGGAAUGACCCUGGUGACCAUGAUGUUUGCCUUGCUUGGCUUCUUAUCUCCUUCAAAUCGUGGGGGUCUCAUGACCGCCAUGGUUCUGCUUUGGGUUUUCAUGGGCCUGUUCGCUGGCUAUGCCUCCGCUAGGCUAUAUAAGAUGUUUAAAGGCACAGAAUGGAAAAGGAUAACCAUGAAAACUGCAUUCAUGUUCCCCGGUAUUGUAUUUGCAAUUUUCUUGGUUCUAAAUGCUCUUAUCUGGGGUGAAAAGUCUUCGGGAGCUGUUCCCUUCGGGACAAUGUUUGCUUUGGUUUUCCUUUGGUUUGGCAUAUCGGUGCCUCUAGUUUUUGUGGGCAGUUAUCUUGGUUUCAAAAAGCCAGGAAUUGAGGAUCCAGUGAAGACCAACAAAAUCCCCAGGCAAAUUCCAGAGCAAGCUUGGUACAUGAAGCCAACAUUCUCUAUGCUCAUUGGCGGCAUACUUCCAUUUGGUGCAGUGUUCAUUGAAUUGUUCUUCAUUUUGACAUCCAUAUGGCUGAAUCAGUUUUACUACAUAUUUGGUUUCCUCUUCCUGGUCUUCAUUAUUCUCUUCAUCACUUGUGCUGAGAUCACCAUUGUUCUCUGUUACUUCCAGUUAUGUAGUGAGGACUAUCACUGGUGGUGGAGGGCUUACUUGACUGCAGGAUCCUCUGCACUGUACCUCUUCUUGUAUGCUACAUUCUACUUCUUUACGAAGCUCGAGAUAACAAAGCUCGUCUCGGGGAUUCUCUACUUUGGAUAUAUGCUGAUUGCAUCGUAUGCUUUCUUCGUGUUGACGGGGACGAUCGGCUUCUAUGCCUGCUUCUGGUUUGUCCGAAAGAUUUAUUCUUCUGUGAAGAUAGACUAAUUUUGGACGGCAGGCCUGAGAUUCUGGUUUGAAAGGGUUGCAGCAGAAAAAGGAUGUUAGUAAUGGCGCCUGCAAGCGUAGUUAAUAUUUUAAGGGGCCAUUGUUGAAUGUUUGAACUUUGUGUUUUUGGCUAUGUAUGAGGGAGCUGCUUUUGUUUCUAGGUUUAAUAGAUGCACUCUUUUCUUUGUAUUAUUACAUCAAGUAACUAAACUGUUUUGCUUGGAUUGUAACAUAAACUAAUUAAACUAUAAAUGGAGGUUUUCUGACAGCAAUGCCCAUGAUGUUGAAUGAG